CCCGCAAAUUCACAGACAAGCAUGAAUGGAUAUCAGUUGAAAAUGGCAUUGGAACAGUAGGAAUCAGCAAUUUUGCACAGGAAGCAUUAGGAGACGUUGUUUAUUGUAGUCUUCCAGAAAUUGGGACAAAAUUGAAUAAAGAUGAUGAGUUCGGGGCACUGGAAAGUGUGAAAGCUGCUAGUGAACUCUACUCUCCUCUCACAGGAGAAGUGACUGACAUUAAUGCUGCCCUUGCAGACAACCCAGGGCUCGUCAAUAAAUCUUGUUAUCAAGAUGGUUGGCUUAUCAAGAUGACUGUGGAAAAGCCUGCUGAACUUGAUGAACUGAUGAGUGAAGAUGCUUAUGAGAAAUACAUAAAAUCCAUUGAGGACUGAGCUGGAAUAAUGAAAUAAACCCAUAUAAAAUA